CCUGGCCUCUUCCCGCAGGUAAUUACCCCGGACACCUGGAAGGACGGGGCACGCAACACUACAGAGAGCGGAGGACGCAAGAUUAACGAGAACAAGCUGCUCACCAGCAAGAAGAACAGAUUCAACCCUUGCACUUCCCGGUUUGCUGAGUGCAGGAUCUGCCGCAGCAAGGUGCACCAGGCCGGCUCUCACUUCUGCCAGGGCUGCGCUUACAAGAAGGGAAUCUGUGCCAUGUGUGGCAAAAAGAUCCUGGACACCACAAACUAUCGCCAGUCCUCAGCCUAGUGUGUGUGUGUGUGUGUGUGUGUGUGUGUGUGUGUGUGUGUGAGUGUGUCUGUGUGUGUGUGUCUGUACAUAGCCAAGUGUUCAGUUUAGAUCAGAGAUAUAAGAUUAGGUUUAAAAGUGCAUACACAUGUAUUAAUGUUUCAAACAGUGAUGGCUCAUGUUAAACGGUGUGUGGUCAUGGCAGAACUGCAGCAAUCCAUAUUUCCACUUGAGAUUAUCAGUGACACUCAGUACAAUAAGUCCUUUCUCUUUAGAAAAUUAGAAAGUAUGAGAUGUCACUUUUAAGAACUGUAAAUGUUUUGUUUUGUUUAAUCAAGUUUACAUAUAGAUUUUCCUUUCGUAUCUUUGUUUCCUUUUAUGCAAAAUUAGAAUUGGUUGAAUUCUUUUGAAGCAGCAUCCCAUUAAUUCUAGGUAUGAGCUGCCACUGUUCUAGAAUGUACUGACACUCUUUGACUUAUGGACAUCCGGGGAUAUGACAGACAAUCCCUGCAAGGCCACAGUCUGUUUGUCACUCCACCACAGGUCCAGAUUUCCAACACACCUCCAGGCCAGUGCCACUUUGGCUGCCUUCCACACUGGACAGCAGCAUGGCAAGGAGAGAGGGAACAUGUUUACAUUACAUUACAUUAAUCUCAUUUGCUUUGUGUUUGGACAGUAUUGUUUUGAUAUGACUUUGCUACCCAGAUAUGUAUAUGUAUAAUAUUUAGCAACAUAUCAACCUACAGACAGUCCUCUGGAACCUCACUUCUUCAUAAGCCAGAUGGCAUUUGCACUAAGUCUUUGAGGACAGGUGUCUCUUAUAGACAGACAGGUGUAUGAUGUAAAGAUAAGUUCUGUAGCAUUACAGGCUAACACCUGGGGGAGAGAGGAGGUGGUACUAGGGAAUGGGAGUUGGGGGAUGAAAAAUGGUAUUGUAUGUACUAGAGAUGUACCGAUACCAAAAUUUUGGCCGAUUCCGAUACCGAUAACAAUACCACGUAAUUGGGCCGAUGCCGAUACUACUACCGAUACCGAUACUACUACUUAUAGUGAUUACUGCACUGGACACCAGGAUGAGUUGGUGGACAGCGAGCGUUAUCAGAUGGGAGGCUUUGUUUUGGGGGAUGCUGUAAGUCCUUCUGAGAACGUUUGUGAAA